GAAUCACUUUCACCCAAUUGGACCCAUUCUUUCCAUUUCCGGCAAUGCCCAAUUCAUUUCCUCUUCCUCUUCUUCCUCUUAUUGCGAUCAAUCCUCUCCUGAUUUCAAAACCCUAAGCGAUUGUUACAUCCAUGGCGCGAGGGAAGAUCCAGAUCAAGCGAAUCGAGAAUCCUACCAACAGGCAGGUCACCUACUCGAAGCGACGCAACGGCCUCUUCAAAAAGGCCAACGAGCUCACCGUGCUCUGCGAUGCCAGAGUCUCCAUUAUCAUGUUCUCGAGUACCGGAAAACUCCAUGAGUAUAUCAGCCCUUCCACCUCGACCAAGGAGCUUUUCGAUCACUACCAGAAGACUUUAGGCGUCGAUCUAUGGAUCUCUCACUUCCAGAGAAUGCAAGAGAAUCUGAAGAAGCUCAAAGAUGUGAAUCGAAAUCUCCGCAGACAAAUUAGGCAGAGGAUGGGGGAAUAUAUGAAUGAUCUGAGCUUUGAAGAGCUGCGUUGUUUAGAACAAGAUAUGGAUAAUGCUGUGAGGAUCAUUAGGGAACGCAAGUACCGGGUGAUAUCAAACCAGAUUGAAACGCACAAGAAGAAGUUGAAGAGUGUUGGAGAAAUUCACAAGACUCUUCUCCAGGAGUUUGACAUUGCAACAGGGGAAGAACCACACUAUGGGUUGGUAGACGAUGAAGGAGUAGGAGGGGACUACGAUUCAAUGAUGAGAUACUCAGGCGGCGGAGGCCCUCGCAUUUUUGCACUACGGCUCCACCCCAACCAUCCUAAUAUGCACCACGCCCACCCUUCGGAUCUCACUACUUAUCCGCUUCUUGAGUAGUCCAAUUCCAUAUGUUAAGGCAUUAGCCUUUUCAUUUUCUUUGCUUUUGGCUCAUAAUUUGUGGAACCAAUCACUGUGUUUCAGUAGUGACUGCACAAGCUCAUGACAAUAACCCAUAUGGGUUAGCUAUCUAAGUCUUCUUUUCUCCCUUUUUCUCUUUCGUUUUUGGCUCGAUUCAGCGUUUAAGUGGCACGUUUUUGUUGUUCACUGAAGAAAAUGGGAUUAAAUGGUUUAGUUUUGUUCC